AUGGUCAUACCGGCAAUCACACUCGAACGAUGGUUUGCAUCACGUUAUAUCAAUAACUAUGAGAAGACUGGCCGCUCUUGGGUCUCCACUCUAGCAAAUGGGACAUCCAUAGUGCUCACGGUCACAUUCUGCAUGCUUUUUCAACUGGGUUUAUACUUCAUGCUGCUCAUGACGUUGCUUGCCGCCGCAAUAUUCUUGCUUUCGUUCCUAGCUGUAGUGGGGACCUAUCGCCGUGAUCUGGCUAAGCUCCAAGAUCUUUCCAACGAAGCGGGAACAUCGAUCAUUACGUAUACACUUAGCAUGAAAUUUCAACUUGCUGAAAAUGUUCGGGUGACUAAGAUGCUCACUGUCGCUUCAAUCGGUAUGACGCCAUGGGGCUUCGGUGGUUGCGGCAUAUUUGUUGUUUCGUAUAUUAUUUUUGGCGAAGAAACUUCAAAAGGACAGCUUCUCUAUGCCGUCUGGAAUCUUUACAUUGCUUCAUCGCUAACUAUCGCUGUAUGGUUAUCUCUAGCUGCAGUCAAAAAUAUAUCGAAGCCUCCCAGAUUUUGCUGUCUUACUCGAAAGGUCAUCAAUAUAGCAGUUUGUGCUACUGCUUCAUAUGAAGUAGACACUGCCACGGACAAGUACUUCAGCCAGCUGGUAUCUGUGUGGGAUUCUCGCUAAUUUUUGCUAAACAAGCAGAUAAUAUUUGUACAGAC